AUGAUUGAUCUAUUUUCUUAUUUUGACUUGGUAAUAUUGGCAAUAUCUUUUUGGCCAGGAAAUGUUGGUUAUAAAUAUUUCUACACGUUAAAUGCUCCGCCUGAGGCAGAGUUUAUCCGAACAAUUGUUGACUGGAUAUUUAGUGAACUGAAAGAUAAAUGUUCAUUUGUUUAUGAAGACGGUUUUGUUGGACUAGCCUCUCGUGUUGAGGAAAUGAAUUCAUGUCUAGAUAUGAAUUUGAAUGAAGUCCGCUUUAUUGGGAUAUGUGGGAAGAGUGGAAUGGGCAAGACAACUCUUGCACGUAUAGUUUUUGACAAGAUUCAUAAUCAAUUUGAAGCUUGUAGCUUUCUUGAAAAUGUCAGAGAGGUUUCCAAAGCACACGGCUUAGAGAGGUUACAAGAACAACUCCUUUGCGAUAUAAGUAAAGAAGCAUUAAGGGUAAGGGAUGUGAAUAAGGGAAUCCAAGUGAUCAGGAAUAUACUACGUGAUAAAAGGGUACUUAUUGUUGUUGAUGAUGCAAGUGAAAAAAGACAUUUAGAAGCAUUAGCAGGGAAGAGUUGGUUUGGUCCAAGAAGUAGAAUCAUAGUAACAACUGAAGAUGAAUGUUUGUUGAAAAGUAAUGAAAUUCAGAUUGUAUGUAAGGCUAACGGACUAAAUAAUGAUGAAGCUCUACAAAUUUUUAGUCAAAAAGCUCAAUGUGAAAAUGAUUUAUUGGAUUUGGGUAAAGAUUUGGUCACUUAUGCUCAGGGCAUUCCUUUGGUUCUUAAAGUUUUGGGUUCUCAUUUGUGUAAAGGAGCAAAAUAG